AAUCCGCAGUGCAAGCUCUGCCGGGGCGUCCCUGUAGUGAAACCCACCCAGCACCUCUUCCUGGACCUACCCAAGCUGGAGGAGCGCUGGGUGGAGCAGUCCUGGGCCACCGGGGACUGGACAGCCAAUGCUCGUUACAUCACUCGUUCCUGGAUCCGAGAUGGGCUCAAACCCCGUUGCAUCACCCGUGACCUGAAGUGGGGCACGCCUGUGCCCCUUGAUGGUUUCCGCGACAAGGUUUUUUAUGUGUGGUUUGAUGCUCCUAUUGGCUACUUGUCCAUUACGGCCAACUACACUGACCAGUGGGAGAGGUGGUGGAAGAACCCACAGCAGGUUGAGCUCUACAACUUCAUGGCCAAGGACAACGUCCCGUUCCACAGUGUCAUAUUUCCCUGCUCGCUCCUGGGUGCUGAAGACAACUACACCCUGGUGAACCACCUCAUUGCUACAGAGUACCUGAACUAUGAGGAUGGGAAGUUUUCCAAGAGCCGGGGUGUGGGAGUGUUUGGGGACAUGGCCAAGGACACAGGCAUCCCUGCGGACAUCUGGCGCUUCUACCUGCUGUACCUGCGGCCUGAAGGGCAGGACAGUGCCUUUUCCUGGAGCGACCUCAUGCUCAAGAACAACUCGGAGCUGCUGAACAACCUGGGCAACUUCAUCAACAGAGCUGGUAUGUUUGUGUGCAAGUUCUUUGGUGGCACUGUCCCCGACAUGGUCCUGACACCAGAUGACAAGCGGCUCUUGGCCCGUGUCACCCUGGAGCUGCGCCAGUACCACCAGCUGCUGGAGAAAGUCCGCAUCCGUGAUGCCCUGAGAUGUAUCCUUAGCAUCUCUCGCCAUGGCAAUCAGUACAUCCAGGUGAAUGAGCCCUGGAAGCGAAUCAAGGGGGAUGAAAAGGACAGGCAGCGUGCAGGCACGGUGACCGGUGUGGCAGUGAACAUGGCUUCCCUGCUGGCUGUCCUGUUACAGCCCUACAUGCCCAGUGUCAGCUCAGCCAUCCAGGGACAGCUCUGCAUCCCCCCAGACUGCUUCGUCCUGAGCCACGACUUCACCUGCACCCUGCCCCCUGGGCAUCAUGUGGGCACUGUGAGCCCCCUUUUCCAGAAACUGGAGAACAACCAAAUUGAAGCCCUGCGCAAGCGCUUUGGGGGAAGGCAGCCUGAAGACCUUGCUGUAGAGCCCCAGGCCAAACAGAGCCCUCCAGCCUCAGAACCCCCUCCAGCCCCAGCAACCCUUGGACCUCCAGGUGACCCCCAGCUGAUCCAGGAGCUGACAGAGGAGGUGGCCAAGCAGGGCAACUACGUGCGGCAGCUGAAGGCCAACAAGGCAGAGAAGGCCCAGGUCGACAUGGAGGUGGCCAAGCUGCUGCAGCUGAAGAAGCAGUUGGCAUUAGCAGAAGGCAAAAGCCCCGAAAUCCCUGUGCCCAAGGGGAAGCGGAAGAAGUAG